AUGCCUUACAGAUUAGCGCAAGAGCGCAAGGAUUGGCGGAAGGACCAUCCAUUUGGCUUUUACGCGAGACCGCAAAAAGCAGGCGACGGUGGGCUCGACUUGCAAGUAUGGGACGUAGGCAUUCCGGGCAAGGAGGGCACUCCAUGGGCGGGUGGUGUCUACAAGCUGCAAAUGACAUUUCCGAACGAGUAUCCAGCAAAGCCGCCGAAGUGCAAAUUUGUCCCGCCGCUAUUCCACCCGAAUGUGUUCCCAUCUGGAACCAUCUGCCUUUCAAUCUUGGACGAAGACAAGGGCUGGAAGCCAGCAAUUACCAUCAAGCAGCUUCUGCUUGGCAUCCAAGCAUUACUGACGGAGCCGAAUAAUGACGACCCGGCGCAGGACGAGGCGUACAGGAUCUACUUGAAGGACAAGGCACAGUACGAGCGACGUGUCAGGGAACAGGCGCGGUCGAUGGCGCCGACAUAG